GCGCGCGAUGUGUGCGCGAUGUUUGCGUGAAUCGUGAAUAGCGUACGAAUGGCGACUUCGUGCUGGGACCGAAUCGCCGCGACGGAGUAGAUCUCCAUCACGUGGUUCCCUUACGCUCGCGGUUGCAUUUAGGAGCGAAACAAUUACGACGUUGUUCGCGAGAAGGUGAACGAAGAGGGAAGUGUACGAUGGCGGGAAGGAAGAGCGAGAGAAGGCGCGCGCGCGCGUGACACGAAUACGUCCGUCCGCGUCGCCGUCGCUACGAAAACGAUAAAAGCUCGCGAUAUAUUGGCGGCCGCGCGCGGCGGGCCCGAGGUCAAGCACGCCGUGCACGUGAAAGCAUCCGGUGUGGUGUGUGUGAUGCAUCGCGUUUGUACGACGCGUAAAUACGAAGCCGCAUUCGUCGCAUCCAUCCGCUGAUCCGCGUCUGUCAGCACGCUUCACGCGUUCACGCUCCGCCGGGUUGUGGCGCGAACCGAACGUACCCUUUUGGCCCUUCGGCUUUUUGGCGUUUCGACUUUUCCGCGGCGCGGCGGAAGGAAGAGCCCGAAGAGCGCGAAGAGAGCGGUACCGCGGCCGCGGAGAUUCCACCUUCCACCACCACCACCACCACCUCUAUCGCGUGCCCUACUGUCACGACUCGCGAGAAGAGCACGCCGGCCUCGGCGACCUCGGUGUCCUCAGCGAGCCUCAGUUACACGCCACGGGGUUGAGAAGGCGGACCGCGCUCGCUCCAUCCUCCGACCUCGGCGCCCCGACGUGCGUCGCGCCGCGGAGAGGAAGGAACCCCUCCGUCCCGUUCUGUCCCCCUCCCCCCCGUUUUGUGCACGUCGUGGACUUUUCACACCCACGUCCCUGGACUAAUUAAUCAGAGAAAUAAAUAUUUGCCCGUGACGACACGUCGUGCGCCCGGUCGAUCGAUCUACCGUCGAUCAAACUCUUUCUUUCUUUUUCUCUCUCUCUCUCUCUCUCUCUCUUCUCUCGUCGAGGAGGCUCGGACUCUCCACGCGACUUUUCCCGCUCUUUCGAUGACGCACGCACGCGGAUGACGCGAGGACAGCGCGCAGUCAGCGACUUUAAAUUAACUAUACCAACGCGACGCCGAAAUCAGGAAGCGAGUAAGAUUUCGCUCGAUACCGAAUCUCGGAUCGAAGGUGAACCGGUCGUGUCCGGUGUUUCUUCGCUUCGCUUCGCUCCGGGUCAUCGGAAAGUAAAUGAAUCGAUUGAUAUAUCGAUGAGGAUAACGGCGACGCGCGCGAAUGUGAGGUGUGACGCACGAAAGCGCGAAAAGGCACGAGGCGAAGUCGCGGCCUCCUUCUCGCCGUCGUUUCGUGGCGAACGCGAAAUUCGCGUGACACGCAAGCUCUAUUAGAUGAUAUCGCGCGGAAAUCAUCUUACGCGCUCGCGUAACUCCGGACUCCGUAUGAGUAAUGGACGGGAAACGCAACGGUCGCUAACGUGUCACGCGAUCAGCGAGCGACCGACCCCCGAUCGAUCGUUCCUUCGCUCCUUUCGGACAAACGGAAGCGGAGUCGUGUAGCGCAAGACCGAGAAAAAUCGGUUCGGAAAGAAUAGUAAAAAAAGAAAAAAAAGAGAAAAUUCGAGAAACCGCGAAGGUUCGACUGAUCUGGGAAGGAAGAGGAGACGAAGCGCGAGACGCGGACGGACAGUGACGUCGUGUGAGUUUCCGAGAAGACUCUCCCGGAGUCUCGGUGGUGAUUUAUAGAGACGGAAAUUGAGAUAUCUGACAACGGACAAGCUCGAUAAUUAUAGCCGAGGAGAACAACUCUCUCGGAGAUCUCUCGGGCCCGCGAAUGACAAAUGUUGAUCCUCGCCUUUAAUAUCUUCGCUCCGCGAGGAGCUCCGGCGGACGAGGGCGAAAUUUUAUGCCCGACGCGAGCGAGAAAUAGAAUGUGCGAAUCUAGAACGCAAAAAUAGAAGCGUGGAAAAUUGAUCUAACGAAAUUUCUCACAGCCAAUUUCUCUCUCGGCACGACGAGCGCACGUGGCGCGCGAGCGCGCCCGCGCGCCGAAUAUAUUCGAGACUCGAGAGAGAGAGAUAUUAAUUGAGCGCUUAAAGAUUCGAGAGAUAUCGGACCUCCUUGAGGACGGCGCGGCGAUGACUAUCGCUUACAUCACUAGAAAGUAUCGCGACGUCACGAUUGCUCCGGAUCGAUCCCGUGUCGCGAUAUAGAGGAGCGUCAUGCUUCGCGGCCGUGAAGCGUCGACGAGGAACGCGCUUCGUGCAAUCGUCCCGCGUCCCCGAGGGCGCCAAUAAGACCAUCCGCAUCCGCCGGUCGCGGUGUAUGCCGAUGGUCGUCGCGAUGGGAUUUCCGUCGAACGCGACCGAUCCGCCGUACGAUUACUUGGACCACACCGGGCCGACGAACGCGUCGUCGUCCCUGGGCGCGGAGCUCAACCUGCCGUACACCGUUUGCGAAAUCCUGGUGGCGAUCUGCGCCGUUAUCGGCAACGGCCUGGUGAUCAUCGUCUUCGGCAAGGAGCGGAAGCUGCGUCGACGCACCAACUACUACAUCGUCUCGCUGGCGACGGCCGAUCUGCUCGUCGGGCUGUUCGCGAUCCCGUUCGCGAUCCUCGCGAGCAUCGGCCUGCCGACGAAUCUUCACGCCUGCCUGUUCACCGUGUCGGUCCUCGUCGUCCUCUGCACCAUCAGCAUCUUCUGCCUGGUCGCGGUGUCCGUCGAUCGUUACUGGGCGAUUCUGCAUCCCAUGAGAUACUCGCGCACCGUACGCACCAAAACUGCCAUAGGUAUAAUAUGCGUGUGCUGGGUGGCGGGCACCCUGGUGGGCUUCCUGCCGCUCUUCGGCUGGAACGCCGGCGAGACCAGCGACCACAGGUGUAUCUUUACGAACGUCAUGGACUACGAUUAUCUCGUGUUCCUGUACUUCGCCACGAUCAUUUUCCCCGCCCUGUUGAUCGCGGCCUUCUACGCCCACAUAUACCGGGUAAUCGUAAAACAGCUACAGCAAAUCGUCACGAUGGACCCCAGCGACCCGAGGGGUGGCGGUGCCGUUCGCCAUCUCCGGGUCCUCCGUCUCCCCGGCCGUUUGGGCGGUAACCAUCACCAGACGCCUGGGACGAUGCUGCGUUGUCUUGGCGCGGCGCGCAAACGGGAAGUCAAGGCCACGCAGAAUCUCUCCUGCAUCGUUGUCUUCUUCAUCGUCUGCUGGUUCCCGCUGUACACUAUAAACUGCGUGAUGGCCUUCUGCCCGCGGUGCGAGGUGGACGACUUCCUCAUGAAAUUUUGCAUCAUCCUCUCGCACAUCAACUCGGUUGGCAAUCCCCUCCUCUACGCCUACCAUCUCAAGGACUUUCGCAUCGCCCUCAAGAACUUCGUCUGGCAGCUGCUCUUCCCGCACAGCGACGUCAAGUCCAGCGUGAUCAGCGUGAUACACGAUCGGGGUUCCCUCGUUGGUUCGCAGAGGCAGCUUCAGAGGCGAUUCAGCGGCUUCGAUCAGCCGAGGAGUCAGAGACCGAGCUUGCUGCGCCAGGUGAUCGAUGGGAGCAGAAGGAUGGACAACGCGUGUCCCGAAAGGCGCGUCUCGUCGAUCCGGGAGAAAGAGACGUGUCAAAACGCGGAUGUCGGUGCUGCGGUCGGAAGUCCAAUUCCGAUCAGCAACUCUACGUUAGCGACGAACAAACGGAUGAGCGAGGAGGAAUUGGUCAGCGACGGCGAUAUCGUCGACCGCAACGAUGACGCGACUGACCGCGGAAGUUCCACCUCGUUGGAAUUGCGAACGUACAGGUCGCUGGCACCACUCCUGCCCGCGGAGGAGGACCACGUCGAGGAAACGCCGCCCGCGUCGAUCUUCGUGAUCGAGGCCGACGUGGUGAAUCACGCCUCUCCCGAUCGUCUCCUCGUCCUGGAGGAAUCUCGAGACAGAAUCGACGUAGCGGGCGGCUAAUAGAGUACCCGCGAAAAAAAAAGUGAAACGAAUUCUUUAACAAACUGAACUAGGAAAUUUGUAUUAUUUUUUUCUAAAUCUCUCGAUGUGCCGAUUUAUUUUAUUAUUAGUUACUCGUCGAGCGUGCCAUAUAGCGUACAUGUUUUAGCGUUUAAAUAAAUUAUAUUAAAAUGUAUUACGUUGAAAUAGAGCGACAGCGAUGCUAGAGCUGAAGCUUCGAAAAGACAAAGUGACAAAGGAGUGUGGCACGUCUGACUUUCCUUUUUUUUAUCAUGUAGGUAUUGUAUUUAAAAAGUAGACUAAAGGAAGGCAAAUAUUGAGAAACCCACGAGGGCACCUGAGGAGAAGGGACGUGUUCUCGUACGCACGGCGAGGACAAUGCUGCAUCGUGUGUGGCGAUUCAGUGGCAAGAUUGUAGAGUGAUAAGUAUUCCGAUGGGGGAGACAAUAUACUUAAUUUAACUUGUACAAUAAAACAGUGCACGUUGUGAUUGUGUGUCUACGCGUGUCUACGUAGAAAAUUUGCACGAACAUUGCACCUGUGCAAUACUCUUAGUGCAUAUCAUAUGAUUGAUAUAACUAGACGUUUGUGCGCCAUUCCUCCCGUUUCCUCUUCAUAUUCUUUACAUGCAAUAUUUGCUAGAUUGUAUACGCGUUCGGUACAUAUAUUGAUACUGAUAAUUAAUCUUCUAAAAUUACUGAAAUGAUAUUUUAAUCGACAAAAUUAUCGCGAUAUAUACAAAUAACAAUAAACAGCUGUAUCUGUUAUUAAAAGUUAACAAAGUUCAGCAAACCGCUCUCAGAAAUGAUAAUAAAUAGAUGACAAAAAUUUCAGUCAUCAACCACUUUUAGCCGAACUUUGCUUUAACAGAAUAUCGGCCUGAUGUAAGUCCCCCUUCAGAGAAAAUAAGAUGUCCAUCAAUUAAAUUUUUAGUGGACAACAAAAUUUUCAGCAAAAAAUCUUUGUUAAAUAUUGAUCUAUUAUCAAACGCCUUAAAAAUGCAUGGUUUUUCUCUCCCCGAAAUACGGACAGUACAAGUUUAUUGUUAAUAAAAACCGCGAGAUCUUGUAAAAUUAACAAAUAUUGUGCGAAUGGAUGUCGGUUCAAUUAUUUUAAUACUCACCCCUCUUCUUCUUUAUUGCCUUUCGUGUCUAUUUAUUUUAGCGUCCAGAUUAUGUUAAAUCUCAGAAAAUUACUUGUGUCGUUUUUGAUUGACAACUUUGAUCAAGUUGUCAAUCAAAAAUGGCACAAGUAAUUUUCUUUGUAAAAUUAACAAAUAUUGUGCGAAUAGAUGUCGGUUCAAUUAUUUUAAUACUCACCCCUCUUCUUCUUUAGAUUUUAUAGAAUCUAGAGUCCUCGAUCAACCUUAGAACGCCUCAUCGUAACGAUUAUUAUAUAAGAAAAUAAAAUCGGUCGAAAAGGAUAUUAUGUGUAUAAUAACGCAUGCGAAUUUUUAGCGUACAAUAAGCACCCUGUGUAUCGCGACAUAUUAUGAGCGAAUGAAAUCAAUGUCGAUCAUUAAAAAGCUUCGCGCGUAUAAUCCAUAUGUGCACUCGAUGCUUCGAUGUCACCCAAUUUCUCGUAGAAUGCCUAUAGGCAAAAAUUUUUCUUAGAAUUCUUUACAUAAUUUUUCAAAGUUUCUACAUAAAUCUCAGAAUUUCUCAGCAUAAUUUUAUAACUUUUUAGAAAAUUUCUCUGAUUUUUUUUAUAUAUAAAUUGAAACAUUUGUCAAAAAUACUGAGAAAGUUUACAUCUUUUUUAAAGUUCUUUUUACAUAUGUGAAUUUUGAAAUAUUUUAAGAUUUUUCGUUCAAUAAUUUCCGAAGAAAACUUAUAAAAUCUGAAGGGGUUUAAGAUGUUUUUCAGAAAUCUUCAUAAAUUUAAAAUAUGUAAAAAUCUUAAUCAUGCGAUAUUAUAAAACUUUUCAUCAGGAUAUACCCUCGUUUAUAUUUUUUCCGGUCAAUGCGACGCAUUCAUAUUCUUAUUGUGUCUUAUUCCAGCCAAAAUAUUCGUGAUCUGUGCCCGUCAAACAAACAGUGAACUUCUCAAAGUUAGAUUUGCAUUUACGUCUCGUAUGGACGUAUCCCAUACGCUCUGACUACAUUGUUUUCUUAUUACGCCCAAAAUUGUUGUACUAAACAUUCAAUUCCGUUUAACUUGUGUUCCUUUUAAUUCUUUUUAUGCGACGCAGCAGAUAUUGUAUUUUUCUCAAUUUGGCAGUAAUGACCAUUUCUAUCCAAUGCAGAUUAACUUUAAUCUCGGUGUAAUUUUUUAUAUAAUCUUUUCUAAUUCUUAAAACUAAAAAAAAUAAAAAGUACGUUAAACCAAGCUUAAAGUUAAUCUAUCGUACAUUAGGAGAAAUGAACAUAAAGUCUGUUUCUUGUAGCUAUAUUGUGUUAUGUUAGCUUUCUUAAAAUGAGAUAGAUGUACAAUUAAAUGUCGGAGGGUAAAAGGGAGAAGGCUACGCAUCAAAGAUUAUAAAAGAUUACGAAGAUUGGAAAUUAGAGUUUAAUAAAAUUAUUUGAUUGGUCAAAUGUUAAUCUUCCGUUGCAAUCCCCAAUCUCUAAUAUGUAGUCCUGAUGAUACGGGGCCUAAAUGUUUGUAACUAAACUUUCUACCUGGUAAAAUUUUGUUAUAUAAAAACACAAAUAUAAUUAUAUA